GUGACGACGACAUACGCCGUUUUCCAUAUAAAGCUAAUCUCUCUCCCUCGGUGUUAUCAAUCCUUAAAGGAUAGUGUUUCUGAUCAAUUUCCUCUGCAAUCAUGGAUCCUUACAAGUAUCGUCCCUCGAGCGCUCAUUCUUCUCCUUUCUUCACCACAAAUUCGGGUGCUCCUGUGUGGAACAACAACUCCUCCCUGACUGUUGGAACAAGAGGCCCGAUUCUUCUUGAGGAUUACCAUUUGCUCGAGAAACUCGCAAACUUUGACAGAGAGCGGAUUCCCGAGAGAGUAGUCCAUGCAAGGGGAGCCAGUGCAAAGGGUUUCUUUGAGGUCACUCAUGACAUCACACACCUUACAUGUGCUGAUUUUCUCCGGGCCCCUGGCGUUCAGACCCCUGUCAUUGUCCGUUUCUCUACCGUUAUUCAUGAGCGUGCCAGUCCCGAGACCCUGAGAGAUCCUCGUGGUUUCGCUGUGAAGUUUUACACCAGAGAGGGUAACUUUGAUCUCGUCGGAAAUAAUUUCCCUGUCUUCUUUAUCCGUGAUGGAAUGAAAUUUCCUGACAUGGUCCAUGCCCUGAAACCGAAUCCCAAAUCGCACAUUCAGGAGAAUUGGAGGAUCCUUGACUUCUUCUCCCACCACCCGGAGAGUCUGCACAUGUUCUCGUUCCUCUUCGAUGAUCUAGGCGUACCACAGGACUACAGGCACAUGGAAGGUUCGGGGGUCAACACCUACAUGCUGAUAAACAAGGCUGGGAAAGCUCACUACGUGAAAUUCCAUUGGAAACCGACUUGCGGGGUUAAAUGUCUGUUGGAAGAAGAGGCUAUUAGGGUUGGAGGAUCCAACCACAGCCAUGCAACUCAAGACCUAUAUGACUCGAUCGCUGCAGGGAACUAUCCCGAGUGGAAACUCUUCAUUCAAAUCAUGGAUCCAGUCGAUGAGGACAAGUUUGAUUUCGACCCGCUUGAUGUCACCAAGACCUGGCCCGAGGAUAUCUUGCCUCUGCAACCCGUUGGCCGUUUGGUCUUGAACAAAAACAUCGAUAACUUUUUUGCGGAGAACGAGCAGGUUGCUUUCUGCCCUGCUCUUGUGGUUCCCGGCGUCUACUACUCGGAUGACAAGCUGCUUCAGACAAGGAUCUUCUCAUAUGCUGACACUCAGAGACACCGUCUUGGACCGAAUUAUCUGCAGCUUCCGGUUAAUGCUCCAAAAUGUGUUCACCACAACAAUCACCAUGACGGUUUUAUGAACUUCAUGCACCGGGAUGAAGAGGUCAAUUACUUCCCAUCAAGGUUUGAUCCUGUUCGCCAUGCCGAGAGAUUCCCAAGUCCUCCUGCCAUCUGCUCUGGAAGACGUGAGAAGUGCAUCAUUGAGAAGGAGAACAACUUCAAACAGCCUGGCGAGAGGUAUCGGUCCUGGGCUCCGGACAGGCAAGAACGGUUUUUGAAGAGAUGGGUGGAAGCCCUUUCGGACAAGCGAUGCACACAUGAGAUCCGCAGCAUCUGGAUCUCUUACUGGUCUCAGGCGGACAAAUCUCUGGGGCAGAAACUAGCGAGUCGUCUCAACGUGAGGCCAAGCUUCUGAUUCGGCCGUACAGGCAAACUCCAAACUGUGUCCGGUUGGUUGGUUUUUUCUCUCGUUUUCUCCUAAACCGAUGCUCUUAUGCCGUGGUUUCUGCCUCUGUCUUUUUAGAGGAAAUACUAAAUAGUAAUUUUAAAAAAAAAAGGUGUAAGCCAAGUCUUGUGUUCCUAUCUGAUACUCGUGUGUUUUAAGGCAACAAUAAAAGCUAUGAGCUUGACAGAUGUGUGUCUGGUACUUGUGGAAUUGGAGCUCUUUGCAAACUAUAUAAAAAAAAACUCGGAUUUUACAGCA